UAUUAUUUUAAAAAUUUCACUUCUGAAAUUUAGUUCAUUUAGCUACAUCGCGCAAAAAACUUGUUAAAUAUAUUUGUAAUAAAAAAUGUCGGAUCAAGAAAAAAAUAGUGAGGACGAGACGACAAAAAAAAUUGAAACAAAAAAAAUUAAAAAAACUAAAGCAACAGACGAGAAAAAAGUAUCAGAAGAGAAAAAAGAAUCCGAAGAGAAAAAAGAAUCAGUAAAAAAAAAUGCAACAUCAAGUCAUCCUUCUACGUCUCAAAUGGUUUUGGAUGCCUUAAAUUCAUUGGAAAAACGUAGGAAAGGUCAAUCAUUGCACGCCAUUAAAACACACAUCGGUGCAAAAUAUCUGAUUGACAUUGAAAAAUAUAAACGAUUCAUCAAUAGUUAUUUGGAUAAAGCUGUAAAAAACGGUGAAAUUAUACAAAUUAAAGGAUCUUAUAAAUUACCAAAAGAUAAACCAAAAAAAGCGAAAAAAAAUGAAAAUAGUGAGAGUAAUGAAAAAGAUCCCGAACCAACAGAAGCAAGUGAAAAAAAACCAAAAAAAAAGGUAAUAAUAAAACAAUCAAGUGUCGACUCGAAUAAUGGCAAGAAAAAGAAAGCAACUUUAAACGUAAAGAGGCGUUCAUCUGUACCAUCAGCAAUGCUUAAUAAAAAAUCAAAAGAAAAAAAAAGUGAUACAAAAGAUGACAAAAAAGUGGAAAAAUCAAAAAAGAAAAAUGUUGAAGAACAACCACAUAAAACAUCACCAAAAAAAGUUGGCAAAGAAAAUAAACCGCCAUCGGCUAAGAAAGCUCCCAAAAUUAAAAAAGAUAACAACCAAUCAUCCUCGUCUGAUGUUUUUUAGGUAUCUUUUUUUUUUUUUUAAUUUUAAUAUA